GCUCGAGAUUUUCAAGCACCUGGAUGGGUUUCAUCACGAAGGAACAGAUUAUCGAGUCCCAGGAGACCUUUUGCCUCUUCGAUCGCGACGGAGAUGGUUGCAUUACAAUGGGUGAGCUCUCGAUGAUGAUCAAGUCAUUAGGAUUGAGAGCUACCGAGGAGGAGUUGCAAGAAAUGAUAAGUGAGGUGGAUGCGGACGGCAGCGGAGCGAUCGAGUUCGAAGAGUUCUUGAGCUUCAUGGCUAAAAAAAUGAAUGAGACCGAUUCAGAAGAGGAAGUGAGGGAGGCGUUCAAAGUGUUUGACAAGGAUCAAAAUGGUUUCAUUUCUAAGAAUGAGUUGAAGAAUGUGAUGAUAAGUCUGGGAGAGAAACUGACGGACGAGGAGGUGGAUCAAAUGAUCGAAGAGGCAGAUUUAGAUGGAGAUGGGCAGGUAAACUACGAGGAAUUUGUGAAGAUGAUGACAUCUUUAUAGAAAGAAAAAUGGGAUGUGAGAGGUUCUUGUUGUUAGAAUUGUCAUACAUCAUCAAUAAUAAAUUAGAGGAUGUGUCUAUAAUAAGAUCUAACUAUCAUUAAUCUUUAAAGUAAUAUUGAAAAUUGAAA